CCCUAUUACAGGAAUGAAAUGACUGCCAUUAUUAAUUAUAUAUGACCUCUUUGACAAGAACCUUGACAGGUAGAUCAUUGGAAGAAGAUUGGUUGUGUUUCUUAUCUGAAUGUUAGCUGAAGAGGAAAAGAAAAGCAAAAAAGGAGAUACUACCAAAUAAUUAUUUUGGAAAAAUAGCUAGAGAAGAAAGAAAGUGUCUUCUUUAUUUUUAUUUUUCAUGCAUGCAUGCAUGAAUAGGUAAAGGAAGAAAAGAAGGACAAGUUAAGCCAGACGGAUCAGAAAUUCUUUAUGAACAAAGGCAAAGAAGGAAACUUAAGGCAGAGGGAUCAGAAUUUCUUUGUGAACAAAGGCGAAGAAGGGCAAAUUAAACCAGAGGGGUCGGAAUUGUUUUUGUGAACAAAGCCGAAGGAGGGCAAAUUCAGCCAGAGAAAUAUUGGAAAUUUCUUCUUUGUGAACAAAGAGAAAACAUAAUUAUGGGAUCUUCAAGUAGAAAGAGGGAUUUUUUUGAAGAUUUUGCAAUAAUAGGAGGAUUAAUAGGGGUACAAUUCAUGUAUGCAGGAAAUUCAGUGGUUUCUAGUUAUCUUAUGUCGUUAGGUUUCAAGCCUUCAUCUCUCAUAAUCUUGUCUUCAUUGGCCACUUUUCUCAUCCUUUGUCCCUUUUCCUUCAUGUUUGAAAGGAUUCAAUGGCCCAGGCAAAUGAGUUUGAAGUUAUUGAUUCAACUAUUUCUUAUUUCAUUUGGAGGGGUCACAUUAUUCCAAUCUUUGUUCAUGAAGGGAAUCAAACUUACUUCACCUGCAAUGGCAACAGCUAUGCCAAAUCUUGCACCAGGACUCAUCUUUCUCAUUGCUUGGGCUUUUGGAUUAGAGAAAGUGGAGCUAAGAUGCAAAUACAGCAGAGCUAAAAUUGCAGGGACAUUAUUGUGUGUUACGGGGGCUAUAUUGAUGAGCCUAAUGCAAGAUAGCACAAAAUCCCAAAAAGAUUUACCGUCUUCACAUCCUGAUCACAAGGACAACUUGUUUGACUCAGAGAAGAUCAAAGGUUCAUUGUACCUCAUGGCAGCUAUUGUCGUGUUAUCGAGCAAUAUCGUCUUGCAGGCAGCAACACUCGGAAAUUUUCCGGCACCAAUCUCCUUGUGUGCUAUAACUUCACUUAUAGGCAUGGUAUUGACUGGAUUUGUACAAUUUAUUCAACAAGGUUCCUUGGAGAUUGGAUUGCCCCUCUUAAGUAUCCGCGAUUUAGUUGGCUACUCAGUAUUGGCAGGUAUUGUUAGUGGAGCAUGUGUGAGUUUCAAUAAUUGGGCAAUGAAGAAAAGAGGGCCAGUGUUAGUAUCUGUAUUUAGUCCUGUUGGAACUGUGUUGACUGUGGUUCUUUCUGCUGUCACAUUAAGGGACACAAUAACAAUUGGAAGCCUUGCUGGUAUGUUUCUGAUGUUUACGGGUCUAUAUUUCGUGCUAUGGGCUAAAAGGAAAGAAGGAUUUCUAAAUAAUAAUAUGUCCAACUCUUCAUCAGAAAUAGCAUGACGGAAUAUAGCUGACUCUAACAUAUUUGGGACUGAGGCGUAGUUAUUUUUGCAGUAGCAUGAAGGAAUAUGAGAAUCAACAUGAUGUUGCUGUAUAUCUGGUUCUAAAGCCCCUAUUCACUUGACCAUAGUUUUAUUUUUAUUCACUUUUGGAAGCAGAAAAUGGUAGAUUUUGAUCACAUAUGCAAAUGAUCUUUUUGUAAAAACUUAUAUAUAUAACCUCCGGGACAGGGGAUUGGAUCAAUGAUGAUAUUGUCACAAUCAGUACUCCUAGUACAUUUUUCUGUUGUUGCUCCAUUAGCCUCUUUUUGAUAGAAAUACGUACCAAGUCAUGCUUCAACACAAGGAUAAUCCUGUUUAAAUUAUGAAAUUACUGGUGUCAAAUUCAGCCCCGAAAAUAUUAUCAUUCAAUUCGUCCAAGUUUGAGCAGAUUGGACUGGGUACACACACACGCAUAUAUAAGAACUUGAGCCAAUUUGGACAACCUAUGUAGUUCGAGAUAGUAAUAGAAGGUCACUCACUUAUGAGUAAUGGUCUCUCAAAGUUAUUUUUUUUUUUAACAAUAAGGUCACCCAACUUUCCCAAUAUCACUUCAAAAGUCACUCAAUUAAUAUUUGGCUAACAAAAUAUGACAUG